AUGGAUAAAGCAUCGUCUUCUUCGCCUCGCGAGAAGCCCAAAAAGGGCUACGCGGAUGUCCUAAAGACCGAAUUUCCAUCUCUCUCCAACAACGCCCAGAUGAACACCACCGGUCAGUCAAACAUGUGGUCAUCAACAGCGUCGCGGAACCUGGGUGCUGGCCCAGUGCCACGCAACCAGCAGUCGACGCCACUGUCGGCUCAGAGCGGCCAGGAUGAGCUCUUCACGCCAACUUCGGCUCGCCAAGGCGCCUUUCGCUUCGGUGGUCAGAGCAGCGCAGGUCCGGCGCCUCAAGCACAGUCUAAUCCUGUGGACGAUUUUCCGCCCUUGAACAGAAACUCGAACGGCGAAAUCGGUGGUGAGCGAAGUGCUAACCUAAUGCCCUCUUUGGGUUUCGGUGGCAGCCAGGCGAGCGGCUCAACCGCCGCGAUACCUCCUGCCCGAAGCGCAGGUGCCGGCAACGGUCUUCUCAAUGCGCUCUCCGCGAAUAGCAGAACUUCAGAUGGUCGCUCACCUUCCAUCGCUAGCGUGCAAGAUCAAACAAGAAUACAAGAGGCAUCUGUCGAAAGAGGCAACUCUUUCUCUGAAGAGAAUGGUGGCGACAGCGCUUCUCAGUCCGCAGAGACCAGAAACCCCCCCGGCGCCAUUGGCAACGACGCAGUCACAGGCAAUGGCAAGGCCAAAGAGGAGAAGGAAGGCCAAUCGCCCGACGUGCAGGACCCUCUGGCGGGAAUGGCGCCCAUUGACAAAUUCGGCAUGAAGGGUUUACGUGUUCUCAUGAACAACUACCCCAGCUAUGGCGCCCUGAUGCAGGGAAUGGAUCCCAACGAGUUCGGACUCAACAUUUACUCUCUCUUCGACGACACGCCUCCGCGUCCCGCGAUUCCCAGCGUCCGGCUUCCUGAGUGUUACAAGGUGACCAAUGUGCAACCGAUUGAGACCAAGAUCCCGUCGUUCAACGAGGAGACCCUAUUCUGGAUCUUCUACAGCUGUACCCAGGACGUCAAGCAACAAUUGGCUGCGGUUGAGUUCCGGAACUGGCGUUGGCACAAGAAGCUGCAUUUCUGGUUGACCAAGGACGAGCUCAUGAUGCCCGCUAGCCUUGGUCCCCACCAUGAACGCGGCUACUACAUCGUCUGGGAUACCACCAACUGGCGCAAGGAGCGGCGAGAGCCCGCAAACACUCCGGCCUUCCGCCAAACCAACGACUUCCACCGGCCAGAGCGGCACGACGCAGACACAGAAUCCGUUGCCAUGGCAAACGAGCAGAUCUCGCUGCCGUAUCUGGUGAUGAUACUGCUGGUUACGGCAUUCGUGAUACGGUUCCUGUUCUUUUCGCCCGCCCCGCCACCGGCGCCGCGACAGAGCGCUGCAGCGGUACUACGUACGCGCGAGGCAGCCGUGGAGAGGAUACAGCAGAUGUUCCCGCAAGUAGACAGACGAACGAUUCUUUGGGAUUUGCAGAGAAACGGCGGAAAUAUCCAGGCGACGUCUGAGAGGAUCCUCGCAGGACGGAUGGAAGCUCCUCCAAUCACUUUCCAGCCCCCUCCCCCGCCGGGAGCGAAUAACGCAGCGUCCAGCUCCUCGACACCGGCCAAGGCGCCCGAGAAGCCCACACAGCCGGACCUGAUUACGAGGUACAAGCUCCAAGAUAAGAUCUCGGCGCAGCAACAGCGGCAAGCGGAAGCGGACGCCGCCGCCGUCGCGGAGAAGGAGAAGGAGAAGGCGGCCAAGGGGUGGAGCUCGAACAGGGACGAGAGGCAGUCGCUGUUGCAGAAGCGGAGGGACGAAAUGAUUCUUGCGGCGCGGCGGAAGAUGGAGGCUAAGAUUGCUGCUGAGAAGGCGGCAUAA